AUGGAAGUUGAAGUACUGCGAAUGCCUGAUAAGAAAGAUGAAUCUAGUAAGAUUAUUGAAGAAAUUGAUCAAGGGGUUGAUGUUAAGGAUGCUUUGAAGGUAAAAAGAAAAUCAUCUGAUAAAGGAGAGGACAAAAUGGAAAAAGAUAAGCGGGAAGAAGAGUCUUCUAAAGAUAAAUUAGAAAAAAGUGGUAGCCAAGAUGGUGAAGAAAAUAAGAGAGUUUCGGUUAAAAGUAAAUCUAGAAAGUCUGAAGUUGAGGAUAAAGGUGUUGAAGAUAAGAAUCGAGAUUCUAUUAAAGGAAGGAAGAAAUCUGAUGAUAAAAGUAAAGAUGUUGAAGAAAAAAGACGAACAUCUUUGAAAGAAAAAGCUGAAGAUAAGAAGAAAGAGGUUGAAGAUAGAACUCGAGAUUCUUUGAAGAAGAAACAUUCUGAAGAAUUGGGUGAUGAAAAUAAAGAAGAAGAAAAACGAAGGACAUCUUUGAAAGAAAAGGCUGAAGAUAAUGGCGAAAAUGUUGAUAAAAAAAGACGAGAAUCUUUGAAAAAGUCUGAAAAGUCUGAAGAAAAGAAUGAAGAAGCUGAAAAGAAGAAAAAGAUUGAAGAAACAACUCGAGAUUCUUUAAAGAAGAAACAUUCUGGAGAAUUGGGUGAUGAAAAUGAAGAAGAAAAGCGACGAACAUCUUUGAAAGAUAAAGAUACGGAUAUUGAAGAAAAAACUCGAGAUUCUUUAAUGAAGAAGAAACAAUCUAAAGAAUCUGAUGAUAAAAGUAAAGAUGUUGAAGAAAAAAGACGAACAUCCUUGAAGGAAAAAGUUGAAGAUAAGAAUAAGGAUGUUGAAGAAAAACUACGAGAUUCUUUGAAAAAGAAAUCGGAAAAGAAUGAGGAAGCUGAAAAGAAAAAAGAGGUUGAAGAAAAAACUCAAGAUUCUUUAAAGAAGAAGAAACAAUCUAAUGAUAAAAGUAAAGAUGUUGAAGAAAAAAGACGAACGUCUUUGAAGGAAAAGGCUGAAGAUAAGAAUAAGGAUGUUGAAGAAAAACGACGAGAUUCUUUGAAAAAGAAGUCUGUAAAGUCUGAUGAUAAAGAUAAAAAUGAAGAAGAAAAACGACGACCAUCUUUGAAAGAUAAGGAAGAAAAAUCUAAAGAUAAGGAUAAAAUUGAAGAAAAGCGUCGAACAUCUUUGAAGGAAAAGGAUGAAAGCAAUGACAAAGAUUCUGAUAAAAAAAGACGAACAUCUUUAAAGAAGAAAUCUGAAAAAUCUGUCGAUAAUGAUAAGGAUGUCGAAGAAAGGCGACUGUCUCUUAAAAUCAAGUCUGAAGAAAAAGAAGAAACAAAAGUAAGACAGCUAGAUAUCCAAAAAACAGACAAAGAAUCUAAAAUCAUCGACGCGCCUAGAGAAGAAAAGGACAAACCUGUUGUACAAAAGACUGAAGAAAAAUCACGAGAUACCAAAGAAAAAUACCAAAGAGUCAACGAAGACAAUCAGGUAGCCGCUAAACAACUGGAUUUAAAAUUACCAAAGGCAACUAUAGAUUCAGAAUUAGAUUCUGAAUUUUCUGAGUCUUCAGUAUCAACUCUGAAGAAUGUAUCUACUAAAGAAAGAUAUAAGCGAAGUAAUCCUCCGAUGAUAGAAAUAGAUUACGACGAAUCAUCACCAAGAGAACCAUCUCGGCGCUCUAACUUGUCAAGGAAGUAUCGUGAUUUGGAAUCAAUCGACCUUGAUGAUAAGAGUCUGGGUGUGUAUUCUACAGACACUAGUCGGACGACAGGAGUCUCUCAUGGUCCGCGAGAUCGUGGGAAGAAACCUUCUUUCUGCACAAAACUGACAGACAGAACUGCAGCCGAGAGUUCGAGGAUAAAAUUGACUUGCGCUGUUCUUGGAGAACCUGAACCUGCAGUUUAUUGGUUAAAAGACGGGAAGUUGCUGCCGCCAUCUAGUAACAGGCAUGGAACUACCUUCGAGAACGGGAUGGCUUCUUUAGAACUCUACACUGUAAGACCGUCUGACACUGGAGAGUACUCUUGUAUUGCGAGAAAUCCUCACGGACAAGCUUGCACUGAAGCUAAGUUGAAAGUUUACGCCGGGUAUGAGCCUACUCCGACGACUCCAACGUUCACCAGGACCAUCAAAGACACUUAUCUUCGCGAAGAAAACACUCUGGUCCUCGAGUGCCGGGUGAGGGGUCAACCGACGCCUGCAAUAACUUGGCUGAAAGACGGACAAGUUCUGGAGAUAAGCGACCGCUAUCAGCAAUGCGAUUUGCCCGAUGGACUUUGUAGAUUGAAGAUAUUUAAUCCUGAUUUUUAUGACAGUGGUCUGUACACUUGUCGCGCGGAAAAUGACACUAAGUUGAGUGAUCGGACGUCUCAUUUAGUUGACUUCGAAGCUACAGGUCGGGCGGCACAAAGCAGCAGAAGUUGGCGUGGCAGCAGUUACAACGAUAUUACAAGUACCGAAAAGGACACUGGAAGACCUCGUUUCUCUAGUUACUUGACAGAUCACAGUGUACCGGUAGGUGGGACAAUCGCACUCCAAGUCGAAGUCAAAGGAGUACCGCCACCCGACGUCACGUGGAUGAGGGCUGACAAAAAAGGCAGCAUUGCUGUUCCCAAAGCUCGAACUUUCGCUGACUCUGGUGUUUACACUUUAAUUGUUCCUGAUGCAACUGAGUAUGAAACUGGUACCUAUGUCUGCCGCGCGAGCAAUUCUUAUGGGCAUGUUGAUUCUACUGCGACUGUUGAAGUCGUGUCUGGAUCCAUGGGAGACGGUGGAAAGCCCGCGAUCUUCGUUUCUAGGCCGCCUGAUAAAGUUAUUAUUGUUGCUGUCGGAGAAGAUGUUAGUGUGUCUUUCAGGACAAAUGGGAUUCCCAAACCUAAAGUUAUUUGGAUGAAAGGACUAAGAGACAUAACCAGCGGACCAAGAUCUUACAAAGAGGGACACGAUGAUUAUGUGAGACUGACACUGAAAAGAGCGUGCCCGUCAGACGAAGGGACCUAUUGUAUUCUUGUAAAAAAUCGUUAUGGAUGUGAUAGAAGUUUCUUCUCAGUUCAAGUGAAACAGAGAGCAAGAUCAUUGACGCCUUCUCCAGAUUGGGGUUCUGUCGACACUGACAGCUUGUUGGCCAACAUCCACGACAAAGAGCGCUCGUAUUUGAAACAAGUUCCUGGACCAAUUUCAACUGAACCAGUGGUAAUCGACGGUGGCCGUAAUUGGUUAGCAUUAACCUGGGGCAAAGCUGAGCAAAGAGGAUCCGCACCUGUGGUGGCUUACCGCGUUGACGGGUGGCUUUUGGGAGGCGAAGGAGGCGCUAGAUGGGUCGAGCUUGGAGUAACUCCAAUUAACGCGUUUGACGCGUUCAAUUUGCGACCUGGCGAAGAAUAUAAAUUCCGAAUCACUCCCAGGAAUCGUUAUGGAUGGGGUGAACCGGUGACUAUGACUAAUUCUGUCACUGUAAGAGAAGUUGUUAAAUUUCCGGAGUUUACUAAAAUACUUCCGGGGCAACUCAAAGCUUUGGAAGGAACUGUUUUAAGUUUGGACUGCGAGGUAAGCAGUGACUCAUUAGCGCACGUUAAAUGGUAUCGUGACACAACAGAGAUAGAAAAUGGUCAAGACUCAAGGUUUACAACUUAUUUCAACGGUACCAAGUGUACACUGAUGAUUGGUAAUAUAUCAGAAAAUGAUUCAGGGCGAUAUGUAUGUGAGGCUACUAAUGCAGCAGGAAGAGUGUCUACGUUUGCAAGGGUACAAGUUGUUGAGGAUCCUAAAAUUGUUGAGGCUGAUUUGAAACUUCGUAAAAUGAGAUCAUCAGACGUAGCAAAUGAAGAGCGACCACCUGAAUUCACAAUGAGACUGCGGGACAGGCGAGUCCAAGCAACCUAUCCAGUGAGAUUGACAUGUCAAGUGACAGGAUAUCCCGAGCCAGAAGUAACCUGGUACAAGUAUCGCGAGGAACUUUACUCCCAAGAGAAUAUAUCAAUUUGGAAUGACGAGGCUCACUUUCACACACUGGAAAUAAAUCGAUCAACGAUUGAUGACUCUGGUAUUUACAUGGCACGCGCUAAAAAUAUUUAUGGAUCUGUAUCUUGUCGUUGUCAUUUAACUGUUGACAAGGGAAUUCGUGCCUACAUUGCUCCUGAAUUCCUACGUCAUCUCGACUCUAUUUACACUGUCAAAGCUGGCGGCGAGCUCCGUAUGACCGCGCAAAUAGAAGCUUAUCCCACUGUUGGAGUUACUUGGCACCGAGACGGUCAUCGCCUGCGUCCGAGCCGCGACGUGGUAAUGACUUUGAACCACGAUGGAUCCGUUGAACUUGACUUGGCUCACGUGACACCUAGGGACGCCGGAUUGUAUUGUUGCACUGCUACCAAUGAAGUUGGUCAAGCCGAGACAACAACUCGCGUGACAGUACUUGAUAAUGAUGAUAUUAAAAGCAGUGAUAUUAAUCAAUCAGCCGCUGAUGAGUCAUUGGACAUACCUUACUCAAAAGAGCCAGUAUUCGUAACGAAGCCGCUGUCAACAGAAGCGUUUGAAGGUGACACAGUGAUAAUAUCAUGCGAAGUCGUCGGAGAUCCAAAACCGGAAGUCAUCUGGCUCCGCGAUUUUCUACGGCCGGAUUACUACAAAGACGCUCCGCAUUUCCGAAGAGUUGGAGCUGGACCGCAGUAUCGUCUUGAAAUUCCCUACGCAAAGUUAGACUUCACCGGUACUUAUUCAAUAAUUGCUAAAAAUUGUCAUGGAGAAGCUAAAGCCGUAAUUUCACUACAAAUUUACGCUCGAGGCCAAGGAAAAGAGCACAGCGGUAUGGAAUCAACGAUAAAACACGGUAAUGUCCAGACCUUGCCGGUGAUUAAGCGGCCGCUUCGAGACUUGAGAUGUUGUGACGGCGACGCCAUCACCUUGGUGUGCAAGCUCCACGCGAAACCGGAACCAGACAUCAGGUGGGAAAAAGGAGGAAAACUCUUGCCUCUUGGGGGUGAUUUUGCAGCCGACUUUGAUGGAGAGACUGCCAGGCUCAGUAUUCAGCAUGUUUACCCUGAAGAUGAGGGAGAGUACACCUGUGUUGCUUACAAUGAGUUGGGAAAAGCUUACACCUCCGCUUGUGUAAUAGUAGACGUACCUGAAGGUAAGGAAACUGCGUUGAGCAGAAGACUAAUAAAACCUCCAGGUUUUCUGUCAGCAAACUCGACGCCUAUAUCAACACCACGAUCAACUCCAGUGAGAAGUCUCUCACCUUCGUGUUGCAAGCGUGAAGUAAAACCAGUUACAAAGACAGCUCGUGGAUAUACGGGUGGAAGACGACCACGAAUGCCUACCAGUCCUAAAUUCUACGCCGUACCUCACAACAAAGUUGCCGAAGAAGGUGAAACUGUGAGGUUCCAGUGUGCUAUUGCCGGACAUCCUGUGCCUUGGGUUACUUGGGACAAAGACGGAAUUUCCAUUACGCCAACUGCGAGAAUCUCUUUAAAGGAAAGUGAUGACGUAAGAAUUUUGGAAAUAACCGAAAUUACUCACGAAGAUGCGGGACUCUAUCGAGUUACUUUGGAAAAUGACGUUGGAAGAACUGAAGCUACUGCGCGGUUGGAAAUAAUUAAAGGUCGCCGUAGUUCCAUUUCAAGACCAAUCCGUACCAGGAGUGCAUCACCAAGGACUUAUUCUAUUUACGGCGGAAGAAAUCCAAGUCCUACACCGAGAUCCGAUAGUCGAUUACAGCCUCCACGAAUUAGCGACAACUAUUCAGGAGGAAGAGGAACGAGUCCUACGCUUCCUCGAUGGCAUUAUAGGAAUGGUAAUGCUGUCAAUGACGAAAAAAUAAACGCCAAGACAAGUUCUACGGAACUUAACAAGCCUCGUAGUUCUUCAGUACCAAGGCAUUGCAAAAUGGAACGUGAAAAAUCAAAUGUUAAACAAGUUUCUGAAUCUCCGAUGAAGAAUAGAAAAACUCGACCAUCCCAACAUGUCACUUCUCCAACUCAGUCGUCAGCUAGAAAAACUUCCAUACCAGUGAGACGAAAGUCUUCUGUAAAGUUGAAUAGCAAUAAACAAGAUAAAAUUGAUUCUAAGGACAAAGAAAAAAAUUUCAAUUCUAAGGACAAAAAUUUAAAGAAGAAAGUUAAAGAAGAACUUAAGUCGCCGGUGAUCUUGACUGUUCCAGCGGAUAUUAUUGCGUUGAGAGGUGCUAAAGUUAUGCUUUUGGCUACUUAUGAUGGUUAUCCUAGACCAACUGUUAGAUGGCUGAGAAAGGGUCGUGAUGUGACAUUGGAUGAUAAAACCGAAAUUGAAACCAGCGCAGGUCUCACCUGUCUGACCUUGCUAAAUGUGACGACCGAGGAGGCAGGAAAAUACGAGGUGUUUAUUGAAAAUAAACUGGGAAAAGAUUCGCGACACGUCAACGUCACUGUCGAAGGUCCUCCAGAACCUCCGGCAGGUAGUCCAGCAAUCCAGAUUAUUAAGGACUCGAGAGGCGUGACGUUGAGUUGGAGAUCCCCAGUUUACGACGGCGGUUGUGCUGUCACGGGUUAUUCAGUCGAGAUGAGACGAGGCGAGGAGCCGUGUUGGGUCGCUGUAGCAGAAGCUAAGCACUCGCUCAGUCAUACCAUCAGUGGACUCGAUCCCGAAGAGUCCUACCAAUUUCGCGUAAGAGCUGAAAACAUUCAUGGCUUAAGUGAACCAGGAAUGGAAUCCGAGACAGUGAUAAUCACGAAAAGUGAAACGAGGAAAGUAACGAGCAGUAUAUCAGGAUUUAGCUUGGAUCCUGAUGAAGACACCGAAGACGAAAUAGAGCCGGCCUACGAACCGUGUGUUGUUGCGCCUGAAUCUGGAUUUUUAUUCGACGAACGCUACAAUGUGCUCGAAGAACUCGGCAAGGGCAAGUACGGAAUCGUUAGGAGGAUUGUUGACAAAUCUAAUGGGUCAAGCUUUGCCGCUAAAUUCAUUCGGACGAUCAAAGCCAUAGACCGCCAGCAGGUUAACGAUGAGAUAAAUAUUAUGAAUAUGCUGAGGCAUCCUAAAUUGCUGAGAUUAAUUGCUGCAUUUGAGAGCCCCAGAGAAAUGAUUAUGGUGACAGAGUAUAUUUCUGGUGGUGAAUUGUUUGAACGUGUUGUUGCUGAUGAUUUUACUCUUACAGAAAAAGACAGUAUACUUUUUGUGAGACAAAUUUGUAUGGGAGUUGAUUAUAUGCACGACAAUCUGGUUGUUCAUUUAGAUUUGAAACCGGAAAACAUAAUGUGUCAUACGCGAACGUCUCAUCGAAUAAAAUUGAUAGACUUUGGGCUGGCGCAGACAUUGAAACUCGACACACCAGUACGUGUAUUAUUUGGGACUCCAGAAUUCAUUCCGCCGGAAAUAAUUGGCUUUGAACCAAUUGGUACCGAGUCUGACAUGUGGAGUGUCGGAGUUAUUUGUUAUGUUUUAUUAACUGGACUUUCACCUUUUAUGGGUGAAAAUGACGCAGAGACUUUUGCUAAUAUCACUCGAGCAGACUUUGACUUUGACGACAAAGCGUUCAGCGCGAUAUCUGAAGAAGCUAAGGAUUUUAUCAGUGGCCUUCUUAUCAAACGAAAAGAGUCGAGAAUGUCUGCUAAAGAGUGCCUGAAGCAUCCAUGGCUUGCACAACGCGCUGAAAGCAUGAGUAGAGUCGCUCUACCAACAGAUAAACUCAAGAAGUUUAUUGUCAGACGAAAGUGGCAGAAAACAGGUAACGCAAUUCGCGCUCUAGGAAGAAUGGCUAUCCUUUCAGCAAACAGCAGAAAAAAUUCCGAGUCGCUGAGUGACGUCACUAAAGAAAGUGAAGAAACCACACCGACAAACGAAGACAUAAUUAUUACAGAAGAUUCUCUGGAUGAACCUAUUAACACAAUUAAUCCCGACAAUUCUGAAUUUUCUAACGGUAGAAUAAGUAAAGCAGAUUCCGAUGAAUUACAAAUAACCGAGCUGUCGUCAGACGAGUGCGUAGAUUCUCAUGAAAUUGAUAAUUACGACUCCUCGACAAUUAUUGAAACACAGAGAUCUAUUAGUCCAGAUGAUUUUACGAAAAUCGAAGAUAAGAUCGAUGACGAUUUAUUAUCCAGCGAUUUUAAAAAAAUUAAGAUUAUUUCUGACGACCCCAGCAAUAAGACGGACACAUUUAUUUCAGAAUUAAAUUCAAGCGAAGAAAAUAUUUAUACGGUUGAUAUUAGUACGGAAAGUCUGAAGACUACCACGGAAAUUCAUGAAGAAUUUUCUGAAAAUUAUUGCAGUAUUACAAGUUUGCAUAUUAAUGAGCCUUCCUUUGAGGUCAAAGAAGAAAUAACAAUCAGUCGCAUUAGUCUUCAAGAUAAAGAUGAUAACAAAUUUGUUAAUUUAAUAGAUCAACAAAAUUUAAAUAAUAAAUCAUCGAUUGUUAAUAAUAAUAAUAAUAAUAAUAAUGAUGAUAAAAUUCCAGCUACGCGCCCUAAUUUUAUUCCAAUAGAAAGUAAUACUAAUUCGCAUGGAAGUGUGUGUAAGCCUUGGUGUAAAACUAAUUCUUCAAGUUUAGACACCGAAGACGAAAUCUCACGGGUAAGAGGCCACAGUCCACUGCAUAGAGUAGUCCGUACUGGAAGUGUAAGCCGAACGGCGAAGAUGUUUGAACAAGAACAAGUUUCUUCAUCGGUUAAACAGCAGUUGAGUCCAGGCAGCCGAAUUGUUCUUCCCGCAGCAAACGCACGACCUCAGAAUGAAAGAAUUCGAAAAGCGUUUGCUUUUUGGAAUAAGUAA